AUGAAAGCAAAUACCUGCGAUCAAGAAGUGAUGGGUCCUAACCAGGUCCUAACCAACGCAAUCCCCAAAAAUGACUCUAUGCCAUGCUCAAAGUACACCACACCCAAGACUGGGCUGCUCGCUAUAAUGCCACAGAGCUGGAUCCCAUAUGCCGAGCUCAUGCGACUGGACCGUCCCGCAGGGUACUGGGCCUUUUACUGGCACUUCGCCAUUGGUCUCGCCUUGGCAGCCAGCAUUUCUUCUCGGAUUCCGUCCCCCCGGACCCUCAUCUCUCUGUUUCUCUUCUUCGCAGUCUGGGUCAUCGUACUGCGCGGAGCAGUCUGUACCUGGAACGACACUCUGGACCAGGGUUUCGACCGCAAGGUGUCUAGAACCCGAAAUCGUCCCAUUCCCCGGGGCGCCGUCUCCACGGCCCAAAGCCACCUCUUCACGCUCGCUCAGAUAGCCGUCGGGAUGGCGCUGCUUCUUCCUCUGCCGCGGGGAUGCAUGAAUCAUGCUGCACUUAUGACAGCUAUACUGCUGGUGUAUCCUCUGGGGAAACGAGUCACAGAUUUCCCACAGGUCAUUUUGGGAGUUGCAUUCGGGAUGCCUAUCUUCCUAUGCGGUGCGGCUCUAGAUGGCGACCCUCUCCCACUGUCGGACUUGCAUCGUUUUGGAACCGAGACCAAUGACCUACGCCUGGUGGCUGCGAUGUGUUUCUACAUAGCAAGUAUCCUGUGGACGGUCAUUUUCGAUACUAUCUACGCACACCAGGACGCCAAAGACGAUGCCAAGGCGGGCGUACGGUCGUUGGCUGUCCGUCUUGGUGAUCGCACGAAGCUGGGAUUGUCUGUUCUCGCGGUGACACAGGUGAUGUUGCUGUUCGCCGCGGGUGUAGCAUGCGAGUUCUCGACAAUCUAUUUUGCAGGCAGCUGCGUUGGAACAGCUCUCUCUUUGGCUGCUUUGUUAUGGUUUGUUGAUCUGCGGCGCUCAGCGAGCUGCGCGUGGUGGUUUUGCCCGGGGUCUCAUCUUGUGGGUGCGAGUAUUGUGGCUGGGCUGCUGGGGGAGUAUUGCUUCAAAUCUUAG